CCCAUACUUCGAUGGCCAGGCAAAUCCGAUGUCGCGUACGUAACAUUCUUGAAGCUUAUCAAGGUUCACCAUCUUGAAAGACAACCAGUACUACAGAAGCGACGGUACCCCAAUCGACAGAGGCUGCCCAAGGCCGUCUUACUGCUAUUUUGUUCAUCCAUCGGACGCAGAGUGGCAUUCACUCACUCCAGGUCGACGUUCUGACUCGUCCAAGUUCACGACAACAAUGCCCUCGCCCACAAGGGACCCCCGUCGGCGUCCUAGCACGGAUUCCAUGGGCUCUACUCGACGCGAAAGCAAUGCCAGACGGUCGCCGUCGCCUGUACUAGGUCCUAGUUCGCGACCAGAAAGACGAGCCAGGGAUAGCAGAGUCACCGACAAUUCAAGUUGGGCGAAAUCAGCGCCACCGUCGGCUACCAGCUCCUCGUUUCCACCUCCGAUUUCUGCGACCUCGACCUCUUUCGUGUCGCCUCCACCACCCCCGCCGCCGUCGACUAACGUGGUCCAGCCACCGCCUCCACCUCCACCGGGGCCCACUGUUCUUGAUCCCAUCCCGCCUCCACCGGAUCACCCAACAUUAGGACUGAAACAGCCCAAAUAUGAACUGUCAACCGAGGAGAAGAGAAAAAUUUGGGAACAAAGGCUAAAUCAUUGGGUUGCCUGGAACAAGAUGCGUGCAUCUAUCAUGGUGCUCGAGGAAAGGGUCAAAGUAACACAAAACCUUAUUGAUAGCCUUCCUCCGUCAAAUUCUGUCGCAUCCUGUUCGAAAGAGCUCGAGCGUCUCAAACAGGAGCUAAGCGACCACCACGCCCGGUUCAAGCAUCACUUCAACAAAAUCGUGGAAACCGAUAGUUGGCCCAUGGCUCCUCGGCCUGAACAAGGCGUCAUCGAGAAUAAAUACGCAGAUAUGGUCAAGUUGGUUGAUACAGUGACGAAAAACGUCAGCGAAUUGAAUAUUUCUAUAAACAAGACGCGGGAGGACCAGUUUGGUCCGGAAGAAACGACGACAAUUUCCAGCCGAAAACGGCGGCGAUUGUCGGACGGUGGACUCGACGAUUCCACUUUCAAUGCCGCUGAGCUACGGGAGGGAAUCGACGCAGUAGAGAGCCAAUUACUUGACUUGCAAAAUUUACUUCUUAACCACGACAAUGACAUUCAAGCCGAAGUCAUCGCGCUAAUGGAAAACCGGUACGAGGAGCUUGAAACGGCCAGGAAUGCAGGGACAGAUCCAGAGGCCCAGUUUCGCCAAAUGUCGAGCAUUAGGCUCCACACCGUAGAGCAACAACUCGGAGAGGUCGCUGUCGAGAUGGCAGAUGUUAUGACUAAGGCGGCUGGAAGGGACGCAGACCAGGAUGAAGUGAAGAGGGAAAACUGCUGCUUUACAAGAUGACAUUCACAAACUUCAAGCGCGAGUCCAAAUCUGGGAGAUCGGAGAAAAAGAAAGCAUUCGGCGGAUGGAUGCAAUCAAAGCUGCUCUGGACGACUACAAAUCCAAUCCUGCGGCGCCGCCUGUGCCCAUCUCGCCAGAGCAUCUUCGCCCACACAUCGAGUCGGUCGUUCUACCUGUGAUACGUGAGAAUGUGCAGUCGAUGAUCGACCAACUGAGGGAGAAUAUCCAGCAAAGUAUCGUUCAGAGAGAGAUGGAGAUCUAUGGAGCUGUCUGGGAUAAACUCAAGUU